GAAAAGAUUCUCCGCCGCAUUACCCACUUCGUAAAACUCCACAUUUCUUUCUCUUUCUCUUCCUCCAACGCUUCGCUUUCGAUUUAUCCUUCUCGAUUCCGUCUCCACCACCGCUAAAUGGCGGCCAUGAUCCGCCUCUUCCGAUCCUCCUCCGCCGCAUUUUCGACCCGGAGGUCCCUCUCCUCGGCCGCCGCGACCGAAUUCAAACCCCGCGUGGAUCCCAAGGGCAGGAACGUCCAGUGGGUGUUCCUCGGGUGCCCCGGCGUCGGGAAAGGCACCUACGCCAGCCGCCUCUCGGUUCUCCUCGGCGUCCCGCACAUCGCCACCGGCGAUCUCGUCCGCGAAGAGCUCAAUUCCUCCGGCCCCAUGUCGAAGCAGCUCGAGGAGAUUGUGAACCAGGGCAAACUGGUAUCCGAUGAGAUCAUCAUCAAUUUAUUGUCAAAGAGGCUUGAGUCAGGAGAAUCAAAGGGAGAAUCAGGAUUCAUACUCGAUGGUUUUCCUCGAACAGUAAGACAAGCGGAAAUACUAAAUGAUGUGACCGAUAUUGAUCUGGUCGUAAAUCUGAAGCUCCCCGAACAAGUACUAAUAGAUAAAUGCCUCGGAAGAAGGAUUUGCAGUGAAUGUGGGAAGAACUUCAACGUGGCCACAAUCGAUGUCAAGGGAGAGAACGGGAAUCCGGACAUAUAUAUGGACCCCCUUCUCCCGCCUUCACACUGUGCUUCAAAGCUCGUAACUCGUCCUGAUGAUACCGAAACUGUUGUGAAGCAAAGGUUGGCGGUCUACACUGAAAAGAGCCAGCCAGUGGAGGACUUCUACCGUUGCCAAGGGAAACUGGUCGAGUUUGUCAUACCCGGUGGGAUCCCGGAGUCGUUGCCAAAGCUGCUCGAAGCUCUGAACCUCAACGAAAAUGAGGAGAAACAGUCGGCAGCAGUGUAGGUUUUCUUAGGAUGUGGAGUUCAAAUUUUGCAGACAUCAUAACUUUUGAUAUUUUUACAGAAUACCUUAUUAUUUCAUGGGGAAAAUAAGAAAACUAAGAGUGUAGUGAUGCUGAACAAUCCCUUUUUAGAUUUCCAACUUUGUUGUAAGAUUAUUUAACAAGUUUGUUUAUUUUUUUUCCCACUUGUUCAAGUGUAAUAAUAAAACUAUGAUAUACUAUUGGAUAUCCAUUCUUUCA